AUGAAGCAAGUAAAGGGCAUUCCAAUAAAUACUCCUUUUAUCAAUUCAUUGGCCCAAGUUCCUGAAUAUGCUAAGUUUUUGCAAGACUUACUCGAUACCCGCCAACAAUUAGAGAAGAAUUCCAAGGUAAUCCUUAGUGAGCAGAGUUCUAAAGUGAUAUUCGGAGAAUUACCAAAGAAAAUGGGAGAUCCUGGACUCCUCACUCUUCCGUGUGAAUUUGGAAAUAACAUGAAGACAUAUGCUUUAGCCAAUUCAGAGGCAAGCAUAAAUUUAAUGCCUUACUCGUUCUAUCAAAAGCUAAAUCUUCCGGAUUUAAAGGCUACUAGAAUGAUGAUUCACAUGGCUAAUCAUUCAGUAACUCAUCCUCGAGGCAUAGUGGAGGAUAUAUUGGUCAAAUUUGGGAAAUUUGUUUUUCCAAUUGUUUUUUUUAUUUUGGAUAUGAAAGAAUAUACCAAUGUCCAAAUAAUUAUUGGUCGCCUUUUACUCAAUACUGAUAGAGCCUUGGUUGACAUUCAUGAAUCUAAACUUACUUUGAGAGUUAGAGAUGAAGAAGUUACCUUUGGAAUGGAAGGUGGUUUUCAAAAUGAUUGUGCUCAAGGUGAAGUUUUCAACAUAGAUGAAGGAAUUGAACUUGAGGAGUUGGAAAAGCUAAAGGAAGAAGAAAUUCAGUCAAUUCAACAAGUCAAACAUACGAAGCCAAGAGCAUCCAUUCAGACAGUUUUUGAAAUAUUUGCUUACAAAACUCUAACAUCUUAG